AUGGGAAAAAUACUCUCUCACCCUAGAGGUGAAUAUGAAUACAUUGAUGUCAUUGUGGAAGGAAUACUCAAGGAUCGCGGUAGAAGCUCUUGGUGGCGUCGAAGUUCGUUAGAGGUGCAGUUUGGAUUUAUUCCACGGUGGUGGUUCCAACUGAUAAAACGAUGCAGGUCUAAAAGCGAAAAGAAGAUUAUUUUUAAAGGGAUAUUUUGUUUCUGUCGGUGUCAGAGCUGCUCCUUAACCUUCCAAAUCCCAGUCCAUCUAUUGGAGAAGAGCUUUGAAGAAGACAACAAACAUUGGGUGAUAAGAAACAAAUGUCUCUGUAAUUGGAGAAAUAGUAUAAUCCAACCGCGAUUGAGCAAUCGUGGUAUGAUUGGUGGGAGAAAUCCAAGUAUUUUGUGGCAGAUGCUAGCAACACCAAACCACCUUUUGAUAUUGUGGUUCUCAAUGUGGUGCAGGCUUAUUUCCUGA